ACUUAUAUCAACAUUGAACAUCGCACAAAAAUUCAAUCGAACUGUUGCGAAAGUAGAGUAAUACUUUUUAUUAACUAAUACUUUAAUAAUUAAUGACGUAUGAAUUAUAGAAAAAUAUGGAGAAUAGUGUUGUUGGUUUGUUCUACUGUAGAUGAAAGCUGAAAUUUUUGACAAUGUCUUAAUCGAACUUUAAUUGAUUGUUUGUCUUCAAAUUUGCAUACAACUUGAGGCGUUGUAAUUAUGUCCGAAACACGAAAGAGAAAUCAAUACCAAGUCGACCUGUUUAAUGUUUGUUUUCAAUUACUUAAUUUAAGGUAAAUUUAGUUAAUUAUACACAAUUUUCAGGACGCUUAUGAUUCGUUUAUGACGAAACAUUUACAACAUUACGGAUACUUUACAGGUACUGAUAUUUGUUUAUAUUACAAAGAUUAGUCGGUGGAAGAAAAUUUUCAUUCGCUUUUUAGACAACUCUCGACCUGUUUGAAUUAGAUAUGUUGACAUAUGGAUUUAGAUGAGACGUUAUACAAAUAUUUUCAAUGAAUACUUAGUGCAUACUUUGUGUAUAUGUGUGUCUAUUUUAAAGGCUUCAGUAAACCGGAUUUAUAAAUUAAUCUAAUUUUUUUUGAACAACACAAGAUGGCGCAAAUUUGUAAAUAUCUCCUUGUAUUGUUUGUAUUGUUUAUCUCUGAUUGAUUCUGAUGACGUCUCUAGGAAUAUGUGGUCAUAUUAUGCGACACUGCAUUAUAUAUCAGAGGCUCUUGCAACUGAAUAUUGCAUUAAAAGCUAGUUAUUAGCUUGACAAACUAUAAGUCAAUACAUUUUGUAGAGAAGGCGCGUCGGUCGUUGUUUGUUCAGACUUUGUCACGUUAUAGACUUAGCUACCAUGUAUUGGACUUUUCCUCACGAAAUAUGGCCAAGUUUAUCGAUGUGAACUUGUCAUUUUGGAACGGUUUCACUGUGCCUGAUGGCCAAAAGAUAAAGCACGGUCGGAACUCGAGUGCAAAGAAUUCCAUUCUCUACUUCUCUCAAUAUGAUAAAACUUACACUGUAGAUGAAAAACUUGAAGCGGCAUUCCCCGACGAAAGUAGUAGAAGAUUUUGCCGUCUAAAACGUGCCGAUGACUCGGAUAACGAAAAAGCCUUACAAAAGAAGGUGAAAUUUUCCCAAUCAAUCAAUCAAUCAAUGCGCGUUAUCGGCUAUUGCCAUGCUCAUGUUGCUAAAGUAGAUGGUGCUGCGUCUCUAAAACAAUUUUAUUCAAUUGCGCUUCCGAAAGCGAUGAAAGAGGGAAUUCGCGUAACUGACGUACCAAGUCCGGUAAAAAACUGGUCUAUGUUCACAGAAUGGGUUGCAGCUAGAACGAACCAUGAAAAGACACAAGAAGAACUACUCAGAACAACUCAAUUGGUGUAUAAUUACCAAGAAGGUCGCAUGGUUCCAAAGCUUAAAGAGCCCAGGCAACUAUAUGGAAUCGGAAAUAGCGAUUUAGGACCUCAGCAAGCAGCUCGUUGGCCAGCGGAAAUUCAGGUUUUGAAUGAGAAAAUCGAACACAUUGAUUCAGUUCCCAAAGAACCUGAGCCUUUAUAUAAAAAAAGUGGCAGUGAACAAUCUCCACUUUGUAAAUCAUAUAAUGGCGAUGGCAGAGUUGUUUAUGAUUAUGAACCAGUGCUAGGUCCCUUUUUUAUGAGGGCGCGAGUAGGCGGAUUUCGAGGUGGUUGUAGACAAGUUUCCAUAUCACUAGAGAAUGAAAAUGAUAAGACUUUAUUGUUCGAGUCAAGAUUUGAAAGCGGAAAUCUGGCAAAAGCUGUUCAAGUGGGAGAAUUCGAAUACGAGCUGUGGCUACGCAACGAUUUGUAUACCAAUAAGCAUACGCAAUGGUACUAUUUUCGUUUCGAAAAUACUCGAAGUGAUGUGACAUAUCGGUUCACUAUUGUUAAUUUAAUGAAGCCUGAAAGUCUAUAUAAUGAGGGAAUGAAGCCAUUAUUUUAUAGUGAAAAACGAGCUAGUGAAAAAAAUACUGGAUGGACAAGACAUGGUGCUGAUAUAAAGUAUUACAGAAAUAAUAUACGUUAUACAUGUGGUAAAUCUGAGAAAAGUAAUUAUUCUCUAACUUGGACUUUCAAAUUGCCAUAUAAUGGAGAUUCUUGUUAUUUUGCUCACUGCUAUCCUUAUACUUACACAAACCUGCAAGACUACUUAAAUAAUUUAUUGAACGACCCAGUGAAAUCGAAGCUAUGCAAACAAAGAAUUUUAUGUCGAACUUUAGCUGGGAAUUUGGUGUAUUAUUUAACAAUAACCUCUCCGACGAAGACUGCGGAGGAAGCUAAACAUCGUAAGGCUGUUGUUGUGACGUCGCGAGUUCAUCCAGGAGAAACUAAUGCCAGUUGGAUGAUGAAAGGUUUUCUUGAUUAUCUACUCAGUGAUUCAAUGGAUGCAAAAUUGCUAAGGGAUACAUUUGUUUUCAAACUAGUGCCUAUGCUGAAUCCAGAUGGCGUUAUUGUAGGAAAUUAUCGUUGUUCUUUAGCUGGUCGUGAUUUAAAUAGAAAUUAUAAAACUCAAUUAAAAGAAAGUUUUCCUUCUAUUUGGCAUACCAAAGUUAUGAUUAAAAAACUGAUGGAAGAACGUGAUAUCGUAACUUACUGCGACUUGCAUGGUCAUAGUCGUCGUCAAAAUGUGUUCAUUUACGGAUGUGAAAAUCGAAAUAAUUCAAAUAAAAGAUUGAGAGAAAGAAUUUUUCCUUGUAUGUUAAACAAAAAUGCCCCAGAUAAGUUUGAUUUUAAUGAAUGCAAGUUCAAAAUACAAAAGUCGAAAGAGGGAACAGGUAGAAUUGUCAUGUGGAAUAUGGGUAUUAUGAAUAGUUACACACUGGAAGCAACGUUUGCCGGUACUAUCCUGAAUGGAAAAAGCGUCCAUUUCAACACAAAAGAUUUGGAAUCUAUGGGUUACCAUUUUUGUGAUACUCUAUUGGAUUACUGCGACCCUGACCAAUCCAAGUCAUCAAAAAUUCUAUUGGAACUUGAGGACCGUAUUCGUGCCGAGAUCCUUUAUAGACUGCAACAGAAAGAAGGUGAACUUUGCAGCAAGAAAUUGGAAGAUAUUAACAUUGACGAAUAUUAUACAACGGAAUUAGAAUCAAGUGAUGGCGGUUCGGAUAGUUCAAUAUCAGAUGGUUUACCCUUGCAUCUACAAUAUAUGUCAGACGAUAUAUCAGCUAAGAAGAAAAAACUUAAAACUCGCAAAGAGAGAGAUAAACUUCAGAACCAAAGAUCUGCAAGUUUUCGUGAAGAUAGAAGAGCCAAUAAAUUAGAAAGAAUACCUGUUACGUCAACUUCUGUUCAAUCGGGCAAACGAGAGAAACCGGAAACGUCAAAACCAAGACCUCUCAAGUAUACUAACAAAAGGACGAAACCAUUUGACGAUGAUGGAAACCAUCAAUCUAUUGUAGUUCAUCAUAAGGUCGACGAUAGGCUGAUUUUAAAUAAAACUGAUGUUAGCGGAAAGAACUAUCUUGACGCCAUAACGGACGCCUAUUCAAAGCAAAAAGUUUUACAAAGCUCAGGAAAUGAAAAAGCAGAAGUUCCUCAUUUUCGAUAUACUGCAAAAGGCGAAAAUUUUACAUAUCCCGAACCAAUAAAUGUCCCUGUUGGUCAUUGUUUACAAAGGCGACGUUUUCCAGAAAGUAGUGGAGACGAAUUGGAACAUAAUGAGACAGUCCAACCGUCUCUAGAUAUUUCGGUUGCGCAAGACAAGCGGCCUCUUUCAACGGUACGUUCCAGAUCAGCUUCCCGUACACGAAAAACAAGUAUCGGCAGUACGGAAGAAUUUGAAUUUCGUUUGCCUAGCAUAUGCUCCUUUGUAUCUACCGAAGAUGUACGAUGUCUUGGUGACAUCGAAUUACAUUCCACGGAGGACCUCGCAGACCUUACAAGAUACAAGUAUUCAAUGAAGCCAUCUAGUGCAUCUAGUGAGAGAAGGAUCGCAAGCCCUCAUUAUCAGCAAAGACAUGCUGCAGAGUUAAGCUCCGCCCAGCAGAGACAGGAAAGAUUACUUAAUAUUGAAUCUAAACAAAAACACGACAGGACGUUUUGUAGAUCAGCCAAUCAAUCAAUGAGAAGAGGUUCUAUACCACUAUCGGAUUCAAACGUAGCCCAAAAUUUUACAAAAGACGGAAAUCCGUUACAAAUGCCUCCCAGAGGCGAAACACCCCUUCAGUCACUUCAUCAUCAAGAAGCUGCUUUAGAAUUAGAGAGCUACGCUGAUGAUGUUAUCUCAGUAACGAAAGAGAAUCAAAAGAAAAAUCAUCCUGCAGACGAAUCAACUAAUUUGUGCCAUCGAACAGAGGGAGAUUCAAUGGAACCUGCAGAAGCAUCAAAGGUUCCUCAAAGAGGCGAAAGAGAUGGUUCGACAGUCCUAGCUCUGUUCAAAAAUAGUCAAGAUCAAAAAAUCGGACCGACCAUGCCAUCUUCAGUGAAAGAAUAUAAACAGAGUUUGAAAUUGGCAAAGGAAAAGAGUUCAGCGAAUUUAGGUCCUGAACAGCAAUGCAUCCCAAAAGCCACUUUUGUCGAUACAACACCAAGACGUCCCACACCGCCUACCUCUUCAUCUAUUCCAGAACAUGAAUCAAGACCUAGUACUCAACGUCGUAGACAUCGGCUAAAUCAAAAGUCAACAAGUAUGAUUUCUUUAACCCAUACAGAAGAACUUUCGAAUGCUCAUAGUAACUUCGGAAAGUUGGAAGAAACUCCCGUUGUUACGCAAACGUCCCGACCAAAUACAGUAUAUUCUCAAGUGUCUCACGUAAGUGCAACUAUUCGAGGUGACUCUACAAAACCUUUGAGUGGCUCGCUUGGAAGUAGGGUGCAUAGUUUGAGACGAUCUUAUCACGGUCACACUGACAAUACACCUAUUUGUCAACAACCUUUUGCUAAUUCUUCAGAAACGACAAAUGGUCAUUUGGAGAGUCGUUCAGGAGAGAAAAAGAGCUUAGCAAAAAUCUCUUUAAGAAUUUCUCACGGGCAUCACUCACCAAUCGAACAUGAUCGUCAUCAUCAAUCACCAACCGUCAAUAACGGAUUCAAACCUACAGGUCUUUUGGAAAAUAGACCAUUUCUUGUUAAAAGCUCAAGCUCAAGCAAUAGUUUUAAAAGAAAAUAA